AGUAUUUAGCCGUUCGUGGAAUAUUCUCCUUCUACUCUACGAAGUAAUCUGAAUUAACCAUGUCUGGACGAGGCAAAACCGGCGGAAAGGCUAGAGCUAAGGCCAAGACCCGCUCAUCCCGUGCUGGACUCCAGUUCCCCGUGGGUCGUGUCCACAGACAUCUGAGGAAAGGUAACUACGCUCAGCGUGUCGGUGCCGGAGCGCCGGUGUACCUGGCGGCGGUGCUGGAGUAUCUGACAGCUGAGAUCCUGGAGCUGGCUGGAAACGCCGCCCGUGACAACAAGAAGACCAGAAUCAUCCCCCGCCAUCUGCAGCUCGCCGUCCGCAACGACGAGGAGUUGAACAAGCUGCUGGGCGGAGUGACCAUCGCUCAGGGUGGUGUGUUGCCCAACAUCCAGGCCGUCCUGCUGCCUAAGAAGACCGAGAAGGCCGCCAAGAAGUAAAUCUCCAUACCGGUCACAACUACCCCAACGGCUCUUUUAAGAGCCACCCACUCCUCUCAAAGAGAUCAUUCCUCAAGAAAAACUAAGUGGCUGCCCUUUUAACUAAAUAAAAUGUGUAGGAUAAGA